AUGAUUCCUGUGCGGCAAUCCCCCACCCACCAAUUCCAGCGGAACAGUUCUGGACAACCAGGCCGGGAGGGCAUCGACAACAAUGAGAUGAACACGCCAAUGGCGACUCGAGCAGAGGUUCGCAUGCUUCCGCAAACCGCUGCCCGCGUGCGCUGCACAAAGCCCACGCACUCGGUUCCCCGACUCCAGGCACGCUUCUUGACCCAACUCUACACUGGUCACGCCCCGCUCCAUGCCCACCUCCGACGAGCAGAGACCGACUUCCUCCGCCGCCCUGCUUACAGUCGCGAACGCAUGACUCAAAGCUCGAGUGCCUUCCAUCCAUCCCCGCCGCCCUCGACGUGCACCUUUUCCCUUGGCACGUCGACGCCACCGACCGCCUCGCCGGAUUUCCUGACCGCGCCCAGUCCAAUUGCACAUUCCCGCAGCCCCAGGCCCAGUCAUCCCUCGCACAACCCACGCACGCAAACGUUUCUCUCUCUUAUCGAUCCCUUUCGUGUAUCACAAUCUCCUGCACGCAUGCCCCAUCCCCAUUUCCCCGCUCUCGGAGUCGCUUCACGCUCACCUCCCCUCUCCCCGCGCAUUGCGAGCCCGCGCCCCCGCGCCGGGGCACUCUCUCUGAGCUGUGUCGGCCCGAGGAGUCCUGUAGACGACGGCGAGAUCGAUGUUCCUUCUGAGAGGGAGCACCGCUCGGGAGUUGCUCGCCGGCACCCAUGCGUCGCGCUCCAACCCACUCAAUGUUUCAUGGUUCUGAUGGCACCGUCCAGCGUCAUCUCCUCCAAGCCCACCCUGCAGCGAACCGUCCAAAAGUCAGUCCGCGGGCCUAUCUGGCACAACAGCAUCACGCACCAUCUCCUAAUGGUGACGGCCGGCACACCGUGGAAUAUGGCGAGCUUCACGCGAAGCCGCUCGUCCGCUCGCAGCGUCCGAGUCUGCAUACGCACCUCGGAAGAGAGCAAGCUCAAAACCCCGACCGCUUCCGCCCGCGACGGCAGCGGCGCAAAGCGGGCGUCCCACUCCGCCUCCGUCACCGUCGCGAAGUCCGAGUCCCUGCAGCGGAACUCGCUGAACCUACAAGUACGCCGCGACGUACGACCUGCGGAUGCGCAUGAGCGGCCACCCGGUGACGUGAGACAGGGCGCCGAUCUGCUCCUCGCUCGGGCACCUGAAGCCUUCGACGUGGUACCAGUGGUGGAGGAGGUGGUCCGCGACGCCGUUCACGGCGGCCUGCGCUACUCUGCGCCCCUGCUCCUUCCCGCGCGCACGCGCCGCGAGUCGUACCUGCAGAGUGAUGAGCGGGGACCGCACGAACCGGGCGCGGUGCUCCGCUUCGCGACCUUGCCGAGCGCGGCUGCGUUUGGGAAUGGGUUUUUCUCGAACAGCUCCGCUAGGCGCCGCUCUUGGGCGGAGUCGAGAGGUAUCUUCUUUACGGACGGUUGGGUUCUGCUCCCCUGGAGAGAAUCCGUUGAGCGGCUUGAGAGAGUCUCGUACGCAGUGGCGAGCUCGAGGUGGCUACUUGGGGAAGCGUGCUUGGUGCAUGAGUGGCACAGCUUGAAAGACCAAGUGGCUGCAGAUGCGACGACGGUUUCAGUUGAGGAGCUAUCGUUUCACCAGAUCUGGAGACGUACUAUGUCUAUGAAUGCCGGGGACAAUCCUUCUUCCCGCACCAUCAUCGACACUUGGGCCGAGUUUGUAACCUCGUCCAUCGCGCAGGCCCCGUUGCGGCGCGACAGCCGUAUUUCUGUCAGUGUGGACAUGUCCAAGUGCAGCAAGAAACCCAAAGAAUGGGACUCGAAACACCGUCACGUCGACGCCCUGCUGGCUCGGGAACAAGGCGACCGCGAUCGACCUGGUAAAGGGAGCGCAGUUGUGGAUGGGUUUGACGGUUCCUCGGAGGUCGUUCCGCAGACGGCUCUGCGCGAGGUCAUUGGCACGUACGCGCAGCGCCAUCACGACCCGCGCGGAGGAUUCCUCUUCGCCGCCAACCGCGCUGUGUCGUCGAAGACCGCCUGCGACGCCUGCGCCCGCUUCUCUACCGUCCCAAGCGAGAACUCGUCCCCCGCCCCUCCCCCGCUCCCACCACCCUUCGACCCCGCCCUCCGUGCAUCCCUCGCCUGCGCGAUUGCGCGCGACCGCCCGACGUACGUCUGGAAGACAAACAGCGCGAUUGCCUGUCCCAAAACACCGUUAGCCCUCCUCCCCAUACCUCAACCACGUCCUGAAGCCCGAAAAAAGAACGGACGGGGGGACGAACGGACGCAGGAAGGACGAAAAAACGAACAAACGCACCACCAGAAGCGCACCAACCAUCGUCCGCUCGCGCCACCGCUCGUCCUGCGCGGGCUCCCACUGCGCGCGUCGGAUCCGCGCCGCGCGCGCCAUCGCCGAGCUCAGGUCGUGGCUGGUGCCGGCGGGAGUCUUCCAGAGAGCGCAGCGUACGCAGUAGCGAUGGCCUGGAAGCGGGCGUGCGCUGCGUCGGGAGGAACGCCGCCGGCGCGGGCGGCGGGCGAGUCGGGGUGGGUGACGUCGACGAGGAGGAUGCGUGGCGCGAGGCACCAAAAAGCGGGACGAACGGGAGGGGGAGAGUGGCAAGUGGGACGGGAAGAGACAAGAGAGAGAGACGUACACCGCGCCUUGACGUCCGCUCGGGUCGCGCUCGGCGGGAGGUGGAAGAUCUGGUGCGGCGUUGGGCGUGCGGCGGCCGGGAAUGGGUAUGGGUUCGCGCUGCUGCUUGGGCCAGGGCUCGAGGACGAGGACGCGCUGCUUGGGCCGGGGUUCGAUGUCUUGCUCGAGCUGGUUUUCGACGAAGACGAGGACGAAGGGGCGCUACUUUGA